AUGUGCGAAGAUAUUUGGUUCAGCGUCACUGUUCUCAUAUCGAAGUGGAUCUGGAUGGACUUCAUUGUUGGCGUGAACGGAAAGGUCUUGCUUGGGUCUGUUGCACUACCGAUCGACUAUCCGAGCCAGAAAGGGGCUUUGUCGAUCUGGUUCCGAGUUAGACAGCGUGGGAAUGUCAGAGAAAUGCCCGCGCCUUCUGAGUCCUCCGCGCCGCGAAGGCGUUUGUCAGUUUCAAGGUCGACGGCGUCCACAAAUACUACACGCUUGUCGCUGAGCCCGCUGGUAAAGCCACGCGCACUGUCUAAUGCGAGCAGUGAUGUCAGUGGCUGCACAACCGUAAAACCGUCUUUGUCGACUUCCUCGUCCAUCUCGACAUCGAAGCUGUCGAUCGCCUCCGUGAGGUCAAACAUGAAGGGUCGCUCAACCAAGACAACGUCAACCCCGCUAUCCAUCAAGAAAUCGACUUCGGCAUUUCCCAGCACAGACUCGCAGUCAGCUCGCCGUCUUUCCAUCCCUGCUCACACGCGGGGUGUCGAUCCCGCUUCCCCGACCCCGCCUCAGAAGGGAAGACACACGUCACUGAUCGGUCCGCCAAGUUCUUUCCCUCGAGGUAUGGCGGCUGUCAUCUCCACCAAUGACAACAACACGCGCACAGGCGUGCCGGCCACGCCUUCGCGUACCCGCGUUAUGUCAGACGCCUCAAACCGUUCCAGAUCUUCACAAAAGAAUGGACUGUCAAGUAACGCGCCCUCGGCACGUUCCAACUCUCUCUCAACUGGCAACAGUGUUCUCUCGCCUUCAAUGACUGUUACUUCGCCUAGCCCCGUCAAAAGGAUGCAAAAGGCACUGUCGCUAGGAGGCGACGCCAAUUUAAUGCUCGACGCACCUACUACGAGCGUUAGCGCUUUUCCGCCAGUGGCCAAGCAGAGUACCCCGAAAAGACCCGAUACACAUGGGACACCCGGGAAGUCGCCAUCACAAACGACCCCAUCCAAGUCGCCAGUGCAAGUGAAUAAAUCCCCAGUUGUUACUCCGGGAAGGUCAUCUAAGAGUAUGAAGACUCCUGUCAAAGCGUCGCAUCCCCAAGGUACACCCUCCAAAGGUGUUCCUGGCUCUGCGGAAAAACAUCAUGUGCAGCGACACGGAUCGGGUUCUUCUCUCGCCCGCGUUGCCGCUACGGGUGGUACCACCGUUCCUGGUGACUUUACUUUCAGUCUAGGAAACGGUACUCUUGGGGCUGUGAGCCUUAACGACGAGGCGUAUCCAUGGAAUGAUGACGGAGAGGAAAUGACCUUAGAUAUGGUAACCGAUGUUGGGGAGGGCUCUGGUGAUGAGGAGUUUGAAUCUACCCUCGAUAACCUGCGAACCCUUCACCUUUCCCGCCUGACAUCCUACAGGCGUCUGCUCGAACGCGCCCAAGCGAGCAGCGCGGCGCAGGCUUAUGCUCUCCAAGCUGAACUAUCCAUUCUUAAAGAACGCUUUCAAUCAGGUACCCAAAAUAAAUCCGAGCAAGAUUUUGGGGAGAUAUGUGUGUGUGGCGGUAGAAAGGUCAAAGGCUAUUGGGGUGGGUAUGAUGGUGACAUCGUUGAUGAUGAUGGAACUGGCUUGGCGGGGACGUUGAAAGGGGAUGGCAAAGGAGGUUUUGAUGAAAAAGAAGUGAAGAAGGCGGUGCGGAGGCUUGGGCGAGAAGCACGCAUGAGACUGAUCGGACUAAUACUAGAUUCGCUUUUACCUGGGGAUAUCUCAUUGCAGAUCCUUCUUCUGCAGAAAUACCUCAAAUCAUCAUUUGAUAUUGUCGGUUCGCUUGCACCUAACCUAGCGUUACGCAUCUUUCGACAUUUGAGUGUAAAAGAAGUCGUGAAGGCCGGCUUGGUGUCGAAGAAAUGGUUCGCGUUAUCUCGGCAUCCAGCCUUAUGGCGCUGGCACUGCUUGCGCUUGACUGCAAACGAUCCAAUACCCGUCAAAGCCCCCGCAACACCUGAAGGAUGGUACCCCUUGUACCGCUCGCUUCACCACCGCGAGUCCAACUUCGCAAAUGGUCUUCCUCAGAGUGUCAGGUUCUUGAGCGGACACACUAACUUCUGCACUACUCUACUCCUAAGAGGCAAACGACUCAUCUCAGGGUCUUAUGACGAAACCAUCCGAUUCUGGGACAUUGAGACGGGAGAAAUGAAGAAAUGUUUGUCGGUCAAGAAGCCCGUUAGCUGCGUCGACUUCUUGGCAGAGGAAGAGGUUUUCGUUGUUGGGUUCCACGAUGUUGGCCGUGUGCACCUUUUCUCUUCGGUCACCUUCACUCCUCUACAGCAGCUCGCCGGACACUUGAACGGUAUCCGUGCUGUCGCACUUUCAUCGCGCAAUCUUGUCAGCGCAGGGGCGGAUAAAGCUCUCGUGUGCUGGGACUGGCGUGCGGGAACCAAAAUCGUGCGCUUCGGGCAGCAGACGACCGUGAAUAUUGGUGUUCAGCUCAUUGGGUCUCCGAACGCAGAGGAGGGAGAAAGAGUGGUCAGCGUCACGAUUGAUGGGAUCGUGCGCGUCUUCUCGAUCAAGCGUAGAGAAAUGAUUUCUCAGUUCAAACUCUCAGAGCUAGGAAGUAAUGAUCCUCUUCUCAGUGCGAAGUUGUGGAACGUUGGAGCGGCGCCAAGUAACAUGUUACAAUGGUUUGCGGCAAAAGGUACACAAAUGACGUGUGCAACAAAAUCCAUCAUUCUGCAUCUUCAAUGGACAGAAGACGAAGGGAAACCUGUGAUCGAAAGUGGAUUGAUCAGCCCUACAGGCAACAACACACCCUCGCUUCGAGCAGGGACACCCCUUUCGCCUAUAGGCAGCGGAGCCAUUGGCGCGGAGGGAUUCUCAAUCCGAUUCGGUCGUGCUGCGAUACUUACAGCGCCCCCCAAACUGAUUGCGUUGGUUGAGACGCCUGACGUAGCUGUAGGCGCAGUGGACCCGAGAAAGAGGAGGGUGGUGACUGCAACUCGAUUUAGUUCGAGAGCAGAGACGAAGGGGAAACCCUGGAUGGGCUCGACCGUAGACGGUGAUGAAAGCGUAUCUGACAACCUGAAGCGUUCCAGCUCUCCCGCCUCUGUCGUCGACAUCGACGCAAAUAUUAUACCCCUCGGCGGAGCCUGGGCAGCUCUCGCCCAGGCCGGUGGAGGAGACCUGACUAAAGUCAAGGGCUUGCUAGGCACUGCACCGAGUAAAUUUGCGGGUCUGGCUGUUCCGGAGAAGAAUCCGAUGUCAAUGCAGUUGAGCCACGAGGAAGUUGUGGUCGGAUGCGCGGACGGGACGAUCUACGUGAUGAAUUUCGUUGGGCAUGAGUAUCAGAAGGAACGCGUGUCCUUGCGGGGGACCGGGGACGUCGACGAUAGAGAGGAAGACAAAGAGUCGGAUUCUUCGAAUACCUUCUGGUUGCUUCUCGCUUUGUUGCUGAUACUCACGCCGAUUGCUAACCUGCAGUUCAUUAAAGUCAUGCAGAAGGGUAGGCACUCUCUUUCGGUCCCUACACCUUUCCACAAUCGGCCUGAGACGAUCACUCGCAAAACAUCGUCGUCAUAUGUACUCGAACAAUUCAAACCGUCGCAAAAUCUGCCGAAAUCCGCUACCAACAAUGCUGCUGUUGCUGCUGCUUCCAAACAAGAGCAAAAAACGGAACAGAAUUCGAAGGACAAUCUAAGUAAGGGCGAAGAUGAGAACGAUGAAGACGCCCUCACCUCUGCCUUUGCAUCUGAGUUUGCAAAGGGUAUGGAGUCGCUCAUGCGCGAGCUAGCUGAGAACAGCGGUCUUGAUCUGGACGCUCGUGAUGAUACAGAGAGAGAUCGAGCGAUGAGCGCUGCGUGGGAGGCUAUGUUGGUCGAAGAGAUGAACAAGAUGCCAGGUACGGCACCGGCAUCGACAUCAACAGCAUCGACAACCCAACGGACGCGUCCCAUGCCGCCUCCUUCGACAAGUAAACCAGAACCUAACAAACCAUCUGCCGCGGCUGGUGAUGCGUUUCAAUCCCGCAUCAGGAAUGCGAUGGACAAGCUGAAAUCCUCCGAGUCUGACUUCAACUCGUCCACCACCUCACCCUUGCCUGCAUUCCCAGGCUCAGACGACCCAUCGCUUGCCGCACUUCUGCAAGGUCUCAAUCCUGGGGAGGGGGAUGAACUAACUGGUGUGCUGGAAGCGAUGAUGGGUCAGCUGAUGAGUAAAGAUGUCCUUUAUGAGCCAUUGAAGGAGUUGGACGAGAAGUUCCCUUCGUACCUAACCUCCCACCCCGCACUUCCCGCAGAGGACAAGGAGAGAUAUGAAAAGCAAAUAUCCUGUAUCAAGCGACUCCUCUCGAUCUUCGAGGACAAAGGAUAUGACGAAGAGAAUGCGAAGACGAGGGAGAAUAUAACCGAGAUUAUGGGCGAGGCUCUCUCCGCUUUGUUCUUCAUGUCUCCUUUGUUACUCGUCACUACAAGGUCGUUUACGUCUGCAUUACAGUUGCAAUCGUACGGAUCACCACCCGAAGAGAUAAUGGGUCCCCUUCCGCCCGGGAUGGCGAUGGGUGCAGAUGGAUUACCUGAGCUGCCUGAAGGAUGUGUGGUUUGUUGA